GCAUUAAGUUGUGCGUCUUGGCAGGGCUUGUCAACCGUCUAGCAGCAAUGACAACUCAUUCUCGCGCGCUUUUUAUUUGCGCUUAGCGGCGUACGUCUCGCGGGAAGCUUUCGCUGUUAUAUCGCUUCUUGCGUACAACAUACGGCCAUGAUCAGGACUGACGAAGAAGUGCAAGCGUUCCUGGAGCGCGCCAAGUUGGAUCGGAGCGACCUGCAGCCCGUCGCUCAACCGAUUUGGUUUGCACAAGAAAAUCGGAGCGCACUCCGGCUGUUGGAGGUCGACAAGGAACUGCUCAAGACAAUACGGGAAGGCGAGAGGCUAGUUUUUCGUGGUGAAGAGGACUCUCCUGCAGUCGUGUGCACCGGUGACCGCACCUUCGAAGUCCGCGAGGCGGACAUAUCCAACUCACUCCUGCUGGUACCAACGCUUCGGCUGUCAUCUGAGGCGGUCGGAAACGCCGACUCAACUUCUGAAGCUUGCACGUGCCAGGUCCUCCAGACGUUCCACAGCUACCUGGAGCUCCGCCAGUGCUUCCCCCGACUGAAAAAGCUGCUGGAACUACUUCGCCAGAGUCCGUACAAAGGUGCAGAACUUGAGUCCGUUGUCGAUGACAGCGAAGCCACGCCUAAGUAUACACUUGGGAACAUACUGGAAAGAGUGCAGGCAAGCGAAGUUGAAAUCAGGCAGGCCAUUGAGGAGCUGCCAGUGGUCGAAAUCGAUGGCUUCUACAGACUUCUCGAUGGCGAGUAUUACUACCGAGUGCAGAGUUUCAUCAUCAACUACAUCGAGUCAGAGUCUAUACCACUGGACAAGAUACCUGCUGGUGAUGUUGUCGACAAGAUCUCAGAGUUGGAGCCACGGGAGAUUGUUGCAGAAGUGUUUCGGAGAUGCACUACUCCGAACAGUGGAGAUGAGUUCUACACCCUAAAUGGUGACGUCGUCUGCAAAGCAACAGCUGAUGUGCUCCUCCGAAGUGUGGAAAAGUUCAACCUCAGUGAAUUCCUUGAGGUGUGGCAGAACAGUGUUCCAGAAGGCGUGCAGACGGAUAUCAAGCAGUUAGAGGGGCUAGCCCUAACAGACCGGACAUCCACGCCUGAGUGCAUCUACCUCUUUGACAAGUGGGAUCUGCCAGAUGAUGCAAAUGAACGGUUUGACACCCUUUUUAGGACAAAAGAAAGAUGGACACUUGAUGAGAUAAAGCCGUACAUAGAAGAUCUCUGUGUUGGCCAGAAGGGGGAUGCGAAUUCACUCCUCAUGAAGCAUGCACGAGCAGCGAUGAGAAAUGGUGUGCGGACCUACACUUCAAAGCGCCCCAUUAGAUAACAUGCUGCACCUUAGUGCUCAACCACUUGGCAUGUGGGUUUUGGAAAGAAGAAAAAGUCUCCACAUUUCAGUGUUUGAGAUUCAAAAGCCUGAAGCUAUGGCUGCUAAGUAUUUUGAGCAAUGUAAAUAUAUUUACCAUGGUCCAAAGUGUA